AACGAUGUUAUGUUACUUGUGGAACGAGUUGAUGAGGCGCAGAAAUUAGCCAAACAAGAGCUCAAAGAGAUGGAUGAAAAGAAGGGUAAAAAAAGGAAGCGUCUUGCUGAGGAUGACGAAUUGGACGAUACGGAAGAAAGUAAUUAUAGGAAAAAAUUCAAACGUAAGCAGAAAGGUGGUCGUGGCCCAGCAAUGAAAUCAGGAAGAAGGAAAUUUUGA